AUGAUGGACGACCAAAAACGGGCCAAAUCUAUGAACUUUAUUAAGAUCGGCAGAAGCAAAUCUGACUCGAGUAAUAUCUCAGACAAUUCAUCAUCUUUAAAGCUGCAAUCACCACGAGGGAUCAACGAGUGCGGGAUGCAUAUGUCUGGAAGCACAGAAAAAUUUAAUUGUCAACAGAGAGAACCGCCAUCACAACCUUUGAGCUCAGAUGAAGUAAGAAUAAAGAUGAGCGUUGAAGACAUUGCUCAAACGAUCGCCAGUCGACUGGAUGGACAAAACGAGAACAACGCGACAUUCCUUUGUCUAGAGGGAAUAAUUACAGAUGGCGAAAGUGAUAGUUCAAGAUGCAGUAUAUUUAGUAAAAAGAAAUCGUACUGGAAAGCACGGAUCAGUAAGAUUGUUCAACAAGCACUGAAGAUGUGUGGCUUAGCUGCCGUGGCGUCUAUUGCAGUCCCAUUGAUUGCUGGUAAAAAAAUUUUUAGUCGUAAGUCUUAUUUUUGUAAUUCUACAUACAUUUGGUUAUUUCACUUAGUUUGAUUUUCUUAUCGAUAAACUACUUUUUCAAAGUUUGUCCUUUUCGCACAAGGGUAAAACGUGUUUGACAAGUUUUGCCUUCGAAAUGCGCAUCUAAAAAAUUUCGCCAAAUCUUUCGUUUCCUGUCUUCAAACCAAUUUAAUCUGAAAAGAUUUUUCAUAGUGACAUCCUGUAUAAAACCUGACAAAAGUUAGGGGCCGAGCAUAUGACUUUUGAGGGGGGUAUAGGUGAUUUUGUUUGGGUAAGAUUUUUUUUCCAAACCUAUGUUGAUAGAAUUUUUUUCCUGACAUACAACGGUGUUGGAUUCUUUCCAGCAUUAUACGCCGUGAAAGAUAUUUUUUUUAAGCGUAGCAAUUUUUUCCCCAGGAAUUCCCAUGCAAGGAUAUUUUCCCCUCGAAAUCAGUCGGCUGGAUAUAUAUAUAUUUUUCUGAAAUCACCCAUCCAUGCUCCCGCCCCUUAAAAGUCAAUUGGUUGGCCCCUUACCCGUUUUUUCAUGCGUCUACGUGACGAAAUGUUUGAACAUUUUAAGAUGGAAUCCAUCAGGAAAUUGAGUAAUUUUAAUUUUCUGCAGACAAAAACCUUGUACAAGAAUAAUUUAAAGCAUAUUGCAUUCUUUUUUACAUUUUCAAGGGUUAUAGAUGUAAUAAGUUACAUGUAUCUGUAAUAACACCAAAGAAAAUUUCUUACGGGAACCCGAGAAAACACUGAUGUCAAAUAUCACAAAAUGACAUCUUACACAUGAUUUUCAGAAUUUUACCUGUGUUUUCACAAUUCUUGUGAAAUUUGACAUUUAUUUUCUCGGGCUUCCAUGAAACAUUAUCUGUGAUGUUAUGACAGAUAACUAAUACCCAGUCCACACGUAUUCGGACAUUUUUUAAUCCGCAAAUUUUUCUUUGCUGAUUCAAAAAUUUCCGCUUCCACAAUUAUCCGCAUUCAAAUCAAAUUUGCCCGUCCACACGUAUCCGGAUUCACUCUAGUACCCAGUAUUCCUCUCGGAAUAUUGGCAACAGACGCAUGCGUCGUAAAGAGGGGUAAGAGAGAGAACCUAGGAACGAGGUUGCCAUCUUGAAUACAGUAUUCACGGUAAAGAUCUGGGCUCCAUCUUGUUACGUCACCGGAUAAAAAAUAUCCGGAUCUAGCGUCUGCACGAUUCCGGAUUCAUAGCGUAUUCAAAAAAUUCCACUCUGGGGAUGUAAUUCGAAAAGUUGCGGAUUCGUAUGGCCGAUUCACUGGAUACCUGUGGAAGGAAGCCGUAUCCGGAAAGAAAAAGUUGCGGAUUCAAAAAUAUCGGGUUACGUGUGAACGGGGCUUAAUUAUAUUUACAGCCCUUGAAAAGUGUAACAAAAACAAAAAAAAAGACUGCGAUAUAGUUUAAAUUAUUCAGGUAAAGGGUUUUUGACCACUGAAAAAUGAAUUGAAACUGCUCAAUUUGCGGGUGGAUUCCGUCUUAAGGUUUUUUAACGAGUCGAAGUUGAGGUUGAGGUCUCUUUGAGGUUUCCAAGAAAACCGGGUAGACUAGAAAUCCCGCGCCUUCCUCAAAAAAAAUAUUUAAUGGUCUUGUUUUUAAAAAGUCAACCAAAAGAAUUACUAAACUAAUUUUUUCUGCUUAGGUCUUGGCACGGAUUGCACAGUCCGCCCAGUCUCAGUUUUAUCAGGACUGAUAAGACGGGGGAUUAAAAAUUUAAAAAAAAGUGUUCAUGAAAUAUUGUUUCUUUUAGGUGGUGGUGUGCUGACCAUCGUUGUUGCUGGUGUAGCUGGUAUUGUUAGUGUCCCUGUACUUUACGGUCUAAACAAGUAUCGACGAGACGUACGCUUAGAUCGAGACCCAUAUCCUUAUUCUUUUGUCGUGGAAGAAAUUUUCAAACUGUGUCAAUCUCUCGCUACAAAACUUGCGGUUGCUAGAUUCCUGAGAAAAGACUGUGGCUUGGAAUGCGACAUUGGUCGUAAGGUCCCUGAUGAAGAGGAAGCUAGGGAUUUGGACGCGGAUGGAAGCAGUUCAAACGAUACUUAUACUCAGUCCUUUUCCGAGUGCGAAAAUGGCAGCAGAGAUGACCUCUCCGGUCACUUUUCUUCGGAGAAUGUCAGUGAGACAGAUAAUUAUGUUCAGACAGUUGUUUUGAAGGACGAAAUUAAUACAACAAUAGCCAAAGACAUCGGCAAUCAGAGAAAGUUAGACGUCUUCAUAAGCAAUGCCAACGAGACUCCGCCUUACUCAUGUUCUGAAAGAAAAGAACUGGACUCUCCAACCAGUAAUGUCGUCAAGGUAACAAUAAAUUCUUUAACCUUUGAUGAGACAAGUGUUAAACACAACACUCCUGUGGAGCUUUCUUCUGAGAAGGAACCUCAUGAAGAAAGACAAGCAGAUAACGUGAGAGAAUGUGAAGACCAGGGUGAUUCAGGAACAGAACAGCAAACAAGAGAUCAUGCUGACGAGCCAAAUUUCAGUCUGCCGUUAUCUAACCAGGUAGCUGGUCACUUUGAGGUCUCACAAGAUAAGAGUUGUAACAAUGAAAUGCCAGCUUUAUCAGAAAUGGAACUGCUGAUUGAGGACUCAAGUAUGGAAGAUGAAGAUUGUAGUGAAGUUGAUGAGAAGGAAUCUGGCAGUGAGACAUCGUCAAAGGUGGCAGACAGAAGGCAAGCUCUUUCUGAUGAAGAAGACUUGUAUGGUCGCCGAGAUGUGCAGUCUAUUGUACCGAGAAAAUCAACCUCCGAUACUUUUUGCUGUGUUAGAGAACCUAACGUUGCAAAUGAUAAAUUUGUUAGAUUUAGUCGUCAUAAUCAUUACGAGGUAGACACAAACCAAAACUGGGGUUUAUUGGAGCCAGGGGGGAACAAUGAAGUUAAAACAAAUAUUCGGAUUCAGAUUCAGAGAGAUGAGAAAGGCGAAACCGAUGAUCAUUUUCAUGAUGGAGAGGAAAUGCCUUCUGAUAAAGAAACAAAAAGGGGAAGACGUCGCCGCAAACGAAGAAACAAUAAGCGAGUCACAACUGCCAAUCGUCAAGAUUUAACGACAGGUGAAGUAAGUGACGAACUGGGUAAGAAUAAACAAGAGCAAUUAAAUUCCAAUGUCAGCAAGAAAACUACAAUUGUGCAAAAUACCUCUCAAAAUGCAGGAGAACUACAAGGCAAAACAACAAUGCCCAAAAAAGGUAAACAAGCCGCAAAGACAGUAGCUACCCCCAAUGAAAACGAAACUAAGAUCGCAGAGGGAUUAGCAGAGAAAAGGUCAAGAAAAAAGAAAGACAAAACUAAAAAGGACCCGACCGUGAAACAUGAACUUCAGCCUAACACAACAAAGUUAAAUAUUUUUGGUUUAUCGACUACGAAAAAUGCUGACGUUUCCAAUAGCCUCCACCAGGAAGAGAAACUACAGGCCGGUGACAACAACAGUGGUGGUGGAUCCCUGUGA